GUGUCUGUAGGGGGAAUCUAACUGGCCAACACCACCAAAUCAGUUUGAAGAUGGCGGAGGGUGAAUUGAACGUGGACAGCCUCAUCUCUCGGCUCCUGGAAGUACGGGGAAGUCGCCCGGGGAAGAUAGUGCAGAUGACCGAGGCGGAGGUGCGCGGCCUCUGCAUCAAAUCCAGGGAGAUCUUCCUGAGCCAGCCCAUCCUGCUGGAGCUGGAGGCCCCCCUGAAGAUAUGUGGUGACAUCCACGGGCAAUACACAGAUCUUCUGCGGCUGUUUGAGUAUGGGGGUUUCCCUCCAGAGGCAAACUACCUGUUCCUUGGUGACUACGUGGACAGAGGGAAACAGUCCCUGGAAACCAUCUGCCUUCUGCUGGCCUACAAGAUCAAAUACCCAGAGAACUUUUUCCUGCUCAGGGGCAACCACGAGUGUGCUUCCAUCAACCGCAUCUACGGUUUCUACGAUGAGUGCAAGCGCAGGUUCAACAUCAAGUUAUGGAAGACCUUCACCGACUGCUUUAACUGCCUCCCCAUUGCUGCUAUCAUUGAUGAGAAGAUCUUCUGCUGCCAUGGAGGGCUAUCGCCUGAUUUGCAGUCAAUGGAGCAGAUUCGAAGGAUCAUGAGGCCAACAGACGUGCCUGAUACAGGCCUGCUGUGUGACCUUCUGUGGUCAGACCCAGAUAAGGAUGUACAAGGUUGGGGUGAGAACGACCGCGGGGUCUCCUUCACCUUCGGAGCAGAUGUGGUCAGCAAGUUCCUAAACCGCCACGACUUGGACCUCAUCUGCAGAGCCCAUCAGGUUGUGGAGGAUGGAUACGAGUUCUUUGCCAAACGCCAACUGGUCACACUUUUCUCUGCUCCAAACUACUGCGGGGAGUUCGACAACGCCGGCGGCAUGAUGAGUGUCGAUGAAUCCCUUAUGUGCUCCUUCCAGAUCCUAAAGCCCUCAGAGAAGAAGGCUAAGUAUCAGUAUGGAGGUGUGAAUUCUGGUCGGCCCGUCACCCCACCCCGCACCACCCAAGCCCCCAAGAAGAGGUGAACGUACAGCCUUGGCUCUCCCCCCUCCUCCUCACCCUGUCCGUCCCUGUUCUGCGAUCACGGCAACCCCUGUAACUCCCCUGUAUAGCGAAGAUACAGGGCUUAUCUAAUGGCCUGAAUCUUUCUCCUCCUUUCUCCCCACUCACCCACCCACCCCAAACUCCACUGACAGCUCUUUUCUUAAUGUGUAUGUGUACAUAAAUUUGCUGUGACCAAUCUGUUUUAUUUUUUGCCUGUUUGUCAGUAUUUUUGAUAUUAUUAACAGAUUCUCUUGUUUGUGGUUUUACUUCCAAUGCCAUUCAAGGUUUUCUGAGGAUCUGUGUCGUCUCUGUUUAGAGGGGCAAAGUGACUGAGUUAGAGGAAUUAUUUUUCAGUUUAACAGAAAAACCGUAGAGAUUGAACAUUGUUUUUGCCUUGAACUCUAAAAAAAAAAAAAAAAGCAGAGAGUAUCCUUCCAAUGUGUUUUAAUGAGACUGCGGUGUCCGUGCUAAAUCCGUAGACACGAAUAACAUUUCUUAUAUUCCGGUUUAACAGUUUAAACACAUUACAGCGUAUGCAGUGCACUUGCGGUUGUUGUGCCGUGGCACGUUUGAUAUAUUUAACCCCUGAAAAAGUGCACCUCCCCAUGAGUAGCAAAGAAUGUGAAGAGACCGGCUUGAAUGGAAAAAGUAGAGGAUAAAUCGGAUGCUGCUGGCAGUGGACACUCCCCGAAACACAACGCCCUCUGGGCAUCGAUUCCUCCGCUCUGUUAUGCCUCCCUGUGCCUCGACACCCCUCAACAUCACAAAAGCCUGCCGCUCCUUACACUGAGCUGGUAUUGACAUUUUCCUGGUUCUGUUUGUUGUUUGUUCUCAUUAAGAUAAUUUCCCCCGAUAUUAUCCUCUGGUGUACUAAAAGUGCUUAUAAAAUUGUCCUUUCCUAGUGAUUGUAUGAGGAAGGAUAGAACAUAUCUUAACAGCACCGGUUGCAAUUUUGUAAGUGUCUAACGUAUCUUAAGUAAGCCGUACAGUGUUAAAAAGACCAAAUAAAAAUAAAGCAAGCUUCACAUAAUGCUCCACAGUAUUUGAAUUGUUUAGUGCUGUGUUUAUAGAGUGCAUAAAAACACAAUGAAGAAAGGUUUCUCUUGGAAGCUUAAAGCUUAAAAUGACUGCUACCCUCCUGUCGCAUCACCCGAAUCCGUUCUGGAGUAUGAAAACCGGAGGAGUCGGGCGUGGGUGGCAGGACCAGGCAGUUAUGCUUUGGGAAGUGAUGCCACCUGGUGUAUAAAUACAGUAGUACAGUACAGAUCAGAUGUGAAUUUCAAACAGCUCAGGAUGGGCUUUUCACUACAUCGCUGGUACAAAAUGUUGCCGUUCACCAUGAGGAGGUACUGGCAGAUAUCUACAGUCGACUGCAAAUGAAAUGCAGCCGACUUUGCGGAAAACAGUUGCCUCUUCCUUUUUAUUUUAUGUUUUUUGCUCUUUGUGGUUUUAUUCUUUCUGUUGUAUUUCUAUGUUCUCUAUUCACAUUGCUUACUUUUUAUCCACUUAAUUUAUUUCCUAAUACUGAUAAUAUCAAAACGAUGAGGUGUUACCAAAAGCUGUUUUGCGAUUUGUACAAGUUUGUUUGAAAGUCUGUAAAUUCAAUAAAAUGGAUGGAAACCAAAA